UAUUUAUUUGAUUUAGGAAAACAUCUAAAACUGACACUGCAUAAUGCCCAGACAAAUAAAAAAAUAAUGGCAUUUCGUUUAUGGUGUUUGCACAUUUGUUUGUGAGGAUAUAAUAGAAAUUUCAAGGGUCAAUUUAUUUUCUACGUAUUUUUGGUGUGCAGAUGCGGAAAGGACACGAAUAAUAUUUCCCCCACCCCCCCCCCCCCCCCCCCGCCGUCUAAACUACCGUCUAACGAGACCCACCCUAUAUCCCGAUACAUUUUCCUUGAGGCAUAUCGUGAAAUCGACUCCAUUGUAGGACCAACCGCGCACCAAAAAAUGACAAAUCCACGAGAGCUGCAAGAUAAUCAGCAGGGUUUUAGCCAAUGGCGAGAAAGCAUGCUUAUCUUCAUUAGUGCCGCGUCAAAUUGAAGUCCCAUCGCCGCAGAAACGCAGUCUUGGCGUGAGAUUAUCGUAAAUGGAUUAUAACUUCGGACGUAGUGUAAAUCUGGGCUUAGCGUUAGCACUUCUACGCCAAGAUUGAUGAAGUGUGUGUGCUAUAAGAUGCACGGAAGCAUUCGCCGUAUUCAUCCCGAGAAGGCAAAGUCAUUGACCCUACCCACAGAUACUUAGGUCAAAAAAAGUUGCGUCAGUGAAAACGGCAUUGGCGAAUGGAAAACGACCGAGCGGUGGAAUAUUACUGGGUACUAAUAAUUUGUAAGAAUUAAGGAGAUGAAUAACCUCCAGGAUGCCAUACAUUAAUGACAUGAUCGUACCAUUUAUAUAUAUUUUUACAUUUGGUACAAUAUCAUAUUGAAGUGUCAUUUACCAUUUGACAUUUUUUAAUGCGUUUGCCUACAUAUGCCCAAAUCCGGACCUCUACAGACAUUGCAUCGUGUCUGUUUUGGUUUAUCUUACAUUCUAUUUUGAUAAAUCAAUUGUUGUGGUCUUAUAUCUGGUGUGGUUAUGGUCUUAUAUCUGGUGUUGUUGUGGUCUUAUAUCUGGUGUUGUUGUGGUCUUAUAUCUGUUGUUGUUGUAGUCUUAUAUCUGUUGUUGUUAUGGCCUUAUAUCUGGUGUUGUUGUGGUCUUAUAUCUGGUUCGAGCUGGUGUGGUUAUGGUCUAAUAUCUGGUGUGGUUAUGUUCUUAUAUUUGGUGUGGUUAUGGUCUUAUAUCUGGCGUUGUUGUGUUCUUAUAUCUGGUUUUGUUGUGGUCUUAUAUCUGGUGUUGUUGUGGUCUUAUAUCUGGUGUUGUUGUGGUCUUAUAUCUGGCGUUGUUGUGAUCUUAUAUCUGGUGUUGUUGUGGUCUUAUAUCUGGUUCGAGCUGGUGUGGUUAUGGUCUAAUAUCUGGUGUGGUUAUGUUCUUAUAUUUGGUGUGGUUAUGGUCUUAUAUCUGGCGUUGUUGUGUUCUUAUAUCUGGUCUUGUUGUGGUCUUAUAUCUGGCGUUGUUGUGAUCUUAUAUCUGGUGUUGUUGUGGUCUUAUAUCUGGCGUUGUUGUGUUCUUAUAUCUGGUCUUGUUGUGGUCUUAUAUCUGGCGUUGUUGUGAUCUUAUAUCUGGUGUUGUUGUGGUCUUAUAUCUGGCGUUGUUGUGAUCUUAUAUCUGGUGUUGUUGUGGUCUUAUAUCUGGCGUUGUUGUGAUCUUAUAUCUGGUGUCGUUGUGGACUUGUAUCUGGACUGUGGUGUUGUUGUGGUCUUAUAUCUGGUGUGGUAUUAUAUCUAUGGCGGAUUAAAAAUUGCUAACUUCCUUUAACCCCUCUACUUUCUUGACUAUUGCGUUAAUGUCCAUUCAAUUUUUUAUAUUAGAUUCUCGACAUCAGCCUUUUUCAAUAACUAAAGAUGUUCACCUUCGCCAAGUAAAUUGUUUUCUAGAAUCCACCUCCACCAGGCUCAUGCGUAGAUUAAGAAUGGAGACACGAAAACGAGCCGUAGCUUGGCGCCUAACAGACGUAUUGAAUUGAAUGCAAGCUUCUAGAAAAAUGGUUCCCUAAAGAAGUUCUCCCCUUUUUUUUGUCAAGUGUAUUUUCUUUUAAUCAGGGAACCGCUCUAUAUAAAAAGGUUUAAGUAAAAAAAAACUUCCUCGAGAGCGCUAGAAACUAAGGUCAUCAAGCUUAUCAAAUCAAAAGGAUAAUCAGGAUAAUCACUUUGUUUUCUUUUUGGUAGCUAAUUGAAGCACUCGAAGAAUCCAUUAAGCCGAUGACAAGCGAUGUUUCUUCAUCGAUUUGUGAAGAACUAAAGGUCGAGGAAACUGCACUGAGCUAAAAGUGGACAUAUCAAUGAAUUCGUCAAACUUUACAACCUUUACUGGACUCGACGGAAUUGGAAAUCACGCGCGGAUAUCAACGGAGUUCAAAAUCCUCAAAAUGGCGCUCUACUCUAUUAUCUUUCUCCUCAGUAUGACUGGAAACAUAUUGGUGAUCUCCGUUAUAUGCUUCACCAAGAAAAUGCGAAGUUCUUCACAUAUCCUCAUCCUGCACGUGGCGAUAUGUGACCUGCUCACACCGUCUCUCAGUAUCCCAUUCGAUUUAGCCUACGAGGAGCUAAAAUACAAAUGGAUAUUUGGUAAAGCGAUGUGUAAGAUCCUUUGGCCAUGCCAGACAUACCUCACCACAUCAACAACAUUUCUGCUAACUGCAAUCUGUGUGGAUCGUUACAGAGCACUUGUUUACCCAUUCAGCCAGCGCUGGAAAGGCCGACGUCUGUACUGCAAGAUUGCCUCCAUCUUUGCUUUCGCAGCUAUGGUCGUAAUACCUUAUAUGCUUGUUCUAAAUUUGUCGGCUACGUCUGGAAUUAAGGACUGUGUAGAGGAAUGGCCAGAGCCGGCUUUUGCGUACAAACAAGCUUACACGAUGGUACUGUUCCUACUACAGUAUGCUGUCCCGCUAGUGGUGAUGAUUGUGCUGUAUUCCAUUGCACUUCAAAGCCUGUCAAAUGCAAACAAGACCGCCGUCAAGUACAGUUCCUUGUCUAAGAAGAACUCUCAAAGAUCCAACAGUGUGCGCAGUGACACAGAUCAUCAAAACCUAGAAGAGACGCGUAGGGAACAGCACUUUAAGGUGACGAAAAUGUUUAUAAUUGUAGUGAUUGUUUUCGCCAUCAGUAUGUUCCCUAAUCAAGUGCUCUGGCUUUGGGUAGACUAUGGCGAUUUCUCCAAUCACCCGCACUUCCCCGUCACUGCAGUCGUAUGCCGCUUAUUCACCUACUCGAACAGCGUGUUGAACCCGUUCAUCUACGGUCUGUACAGCAAGGAGUUCCGAUCAGGGUACAUCCGAGCUGGCAAGACGCUUUCCUCAUCGCGUGACAGAUAUAAACCCUCAUCGCGUGACAGAUAUCAAGCCGCGAAGAAAAUGAGAGGAGGGUUGGAGAAAGAGUUAGGAAAAAACACUUUACUGAAUGGUGCCCCUAAUGAUGGGGCGGGCACAGAGUUGAUCAACUUCUCGAAAUUGAAGAAUGUGGAUAAGGGUGAGAUGGUAGACGCUACUUCAAGUUCAAGGGGGCGUGAUGAGAAAGGUCGCGUAAUGUCUGUUAUAUCUGUCCCGCCCAAUAAUCACCAGAGUAUAACGUGCGAGGAAGAUAAGCAAGGAAAUGGUCUCCACAUAGAUGACAGUUUCCAGACAGACGAGAUAUCACUGGACAUGACGGAUGAUAAAAAUCUGAUGCAUCGCUUGGGUAAACUGCAAGAAAGCAGAUGUUGAUGAGUGUAGUAUAGUAGCUAUCACAAAUUGCGAGUGUUGUCUAUCACGUUUUAAAGUUUUGUGCCAUGGGACAGCCUUUCACGUUGAACCCAUCAGAAGCGCCUUUGCAUGUUGGUGGUUGUAAUCCCUCAGGCCCUUUGGAGCUCGUGCUGUUCACGAGUCGAAUGCACAGACUGCAAGUGAUCCAAGUCAGCAGUUUCUUAACUUUUGUUAUUGAGUAGGAUGCAUCGAGGACAGGAGGAGUAGAGUUUGUUAGGCUGUCAGGCUAAAUUCUGAACCACGAAAUUCACUUUCGACUUAGUCGAGCACGUUUCGGCUUGCAUGACUCAGGCUCACGACUACACAACAUAACUUGACCGGAGAGCGCAUUGUAAAACACGGCACAUUUCAGCCAAGUUAAAGGGAAUUUCGUGCUUUAGAAUUACGCAUUGGCUAUAUGCCCGACAGUCGGGAAAGAUCCUUAAUGGACUAAAUGCCCGACAGUUUUCGAUUUAUUAAAAAAAAACAGUAAAUUGUCGACCUAUCUCUGUUUGUUGAGAAACGGUAAGCAAAUCUGAAUUGAGAUUUGUUGUGGGUAUUGAAUGUUUUCGGUUGUCUAUAUGUACACUAAAUUAUAAAAUCGUAAUUUUAUUGCAGUCUUCCGACAGGAAUAACUAGCAGCGUUAUAUGAAAGCCGUAAUUGUGUGUGAAGUCUCUUAGUCUGUUGGUGCCCGAAGACUGCAAGCAGGCCGAGCCCCUGCCAGAUAAUAAAGCGUAGGUUGUUGACCUAGAAACCGUUCCCAAGCUGAUAAGUGAAAGUAAAGGCGAGCCAGGAGUGAUAUUUUCCAUGAACUGGCUAUUCCGGGCAGACUACGAUUAAAACAGACGGGGGUGCGUGAUCGUCAGCAAAAUCGAUUUUAACCCUAAAGGAUGGCACUUUGGGCGCGGUCAACAGAAAUUUUUACCCCUAAGAUAUAGCAAAUUGGGUGUGGUCAAAGGAAUUUUUCCCCCGUAGAGAUAGCAUUAAAAAAAAAUACCCGUUUUAAUUGGCUGACGGAUCCUGUAUUCUGUUACCGACAAUAAAGCCGGAAGUAGCAACCGA